GACUCGACUUACAAUGUACUAUUACUUUUCAAGGUCUUCCGAACAUGAGUGGAAAUGAUGAACUCCACAAACCCCUACUAAUCCAGGGAGACGGAUAGUCUGAAUCCUUUUCAUCCAUUUCUAAUUAGAACAAAUCAACCCAAUCGAAGAAAUCCCUCCCCUAUUGAAGAUUGAACGAGAGUGUGUCCCUUUUGGUAAUCGAAGAUGGACAUUGAUGGAAGCAAUUCUCUCAAUAAUGGUAACCCGAAUUCCAAGGGUUCUAAAAUUGUGAAUGAAGAAAGAAAGUCCACGAAAAGGGAUGUCUCAAAUCCUCUAUUCGUUAACCAUGCAGAAUUGGCUUGGCAUGAGAUGAGAAGAGCUUGGGUUGGUGAUGGAUCUCAAACAUCACAUACCAAGUUUAGACAGCCCAUUCUCAGUUGGACUACAAGUUUUGAAGAUUUGCUCUCAUCUGGUGAAACAUUCCCUGAUCCAAUUCCAUUAGCUGAUGUGGUGGAUCUUUUAGUUGACAUCUGGAUCGAAGAAGGAUGCAAUCAUUCAAAUUGUGUAUUGGUUAGUUGGAGUUGUAUAUAAGCUUUUAGAAGCCUCAUAUAUUAUUAUGAUUAAUAGCAAAUAUGUGACAAUUUGAGUUGUAUUGGUUGCUUUUUUGCAAGCAUCAAGUUUUUUGUACACUUGUAAUGACAUGUAUCAACCUUCAAACAACAUUGAUUUUGCCAAAAAGUGUAUUCAAUUUGUUCCUUUUUUGUAA